AUGCGACCAAAGUUGGCAAUGUUAUGUCAAAACAACGAAGACAAUUGGGAUGAUUUUCUAGCUGGUGUGGUACAUGCAUAUAAUACAAGUGUUCAUGCUACAACUGGUUUUUCACCAUCGUUUCUUAUGUUUGGGCGUGAAAUUCCAUUAGUUUAUGAUGCUGCAAGACCUGUUCUACAACUACCAAAAAUAUCUAACUAUGUCGAACAUCUAUCUAGGUAUCGAAAAAUUAUACUGAAAGCAGCGACUGACAAUGCACGACAACAGCAACAAAUAUCAAAACAACGACAUGAUCGUCACCGGCAAGCGCCAGUCUAUGAGAUCGGUCAGUUAGUAUUUGUAAAACAACCAGGAGCUCGCAGCAAAUUUCAAGAAAGACAAUCUGGACCAUUCAGAAUUAUCAGCGAGGUGGGAAACAAUCAUCUGACUUAUCUGGUGGAGAGUGAUCAUGUACCAGGCCAGUAUCAAGUACAUGUCAAUGAUCUGCAUCCUUGUUAA